UUCUCGCUUCCGUACGCCGCGGUGCUUUUCCCGACGAUGUUCGCGCUCGAAGAGUCUUCUCUCUGUGUCUUCUUACUCCUUCGCCUUGCCAGCAGGUCGAGCGGCGUGGAGACGCUCGGAGGCCCGCGUUUCCUUCAACAAGUCUCGGGAAAGGAAGUCGCUUUCUCCAAUUCCACGGGACUUCUGCUGUCCUGCAAGGCCGCGGGACAACCCCAGCCGGUGCUGACGUGGGAACGGGAGACGGCGACGGGGUGGAGGGAAACGGGAGAGGUGGGUCACGUCCUCCGGAUUCUCUCGAACGGGUCCUUGUCGUUUCUGCCGUUCGACGGCCAGGAUUUUCAAAGAGAAAUCCAUGCCGGCGGAUACCGAUGCAGGGCUUCCAACUCCGCAGGCACGAUCGUCUCUAACACCCUGAAGAUACGAGCAGUGCUGGACGAGGACUACGAGGCGAGAGCGGAAGGCGACGACGUGCCGACGGGGAACCCGGCGGUGCUGCGAUGCAGCUGGCCUUCACACUCGGGACAGGGCAUUCGCCUUCAAGGUUGGAUCGAUGAGAACGGGGGAGGCGUCAGCGACGAUCUGUCCAGUCCGGGUCGGUUCCCUCGCUUAUCGUCGUUUCCGCUCCGGUUUCCUCUAUCUUCAAAGGGGUUCGUGCGUGGUCGAACGGAUGUAUUCUUGGAUCGUUCAGGGAGCCGAUAUUCGGUAUUGGAAAGCGGGGAGUUGGUGAUACGGGGUGUGACGAUCUUGGACGACCAGAGCGGGUAUCGAUGCGUCACGUGGAAUCCCUUUAGCGGCCGGAAGAGAACUUCUUCCUCUUCCGCCAGGAUCCGGGUGACCGAGCGGCAGAUCGACACAAAGCCCUGGCUGCACCCGUUCAAGUCCGACUGGUCGGUGGAGGCGGGAGGGAGGGCGAGGAUCCCCUGCGUCUCCCGCGGCCACCCCCUCCCGUCCAUCAGAUGGCAGGCGGGAACGGGAGAGACCAUCAAGGGGAUUUGGUUCGUCCGAGAGGGGAACUUGGUGGUGGAGAACGCGACCCGCGGACAUGCCGGCCGCUACGAAUGCCUUGCUCAAAAUCCUCUCGGAGAGGCGAGGAUGGAGUAUCGGCUGAGGGUUGUGGAACCGGUGCAGGUGAAAGUAGAACCGCAGAUGAUUCGACUAGACGAGGGAAAAUCUGGGAAUUUCACCUGCAUCGUCACGGCAGGAUUUCCCGAGCCCGCGAUUUACUGGCUGCAUAAUGGGACAGCCCUCAAUUAUACCGGAAAGGUUCUGAGGAUCCCAGAGAUGAGAGAGGACCACGAAGGCAUGUAUCAGUGCAUGGCCGAAAACGGGGAUUCUUCGGCUCAGGCUUCGGCUCAAGUAGCACUCGGAGACAGGAUUCCGGUGUUCGUGGAGACGUUCUCGAGAGAGACGUUGAAACCGGGCGAAAACGUGACGUUGAGAUGCGUGAUGAAGGGUUCCCCGUUACCGAGCGUGACCUGGCGUCGAGACUCCCUGCCCCUGCCGAUCGACGAACCCCGACUGGAGACGAACACGGAGAUGGAAGGAGACCGAGUCGCUUCCACGUUGACCCUGAGGGACGUGAGGGUGGAGGAUGGGGGGACGUACGCGUGCGUCGCGGUGGCGCCGGCUGCCGCGAGACACGAGGCGGUGCUGCCCGUGUACGGGUUGCCGUACGUGAGGCCGUUGGGGAACGUCACGGUGGCGGCGGGAGGGGACGUUCGAGUGGAUUGUCGGGCCACGUCUCAUCCGCUCCAGAGACUUCGAUGGGAGUCACAAGGUGGAGCUGCCUUCGCUUUCUCGCUUCUUGCCUCUUCUCUUUUCAAUAUGCCUUUGCCGUUGCAAGAGGGUGAUCCCGAGUCACUCGUCGCCACCCUGUCCUUGAAGAAAGUCGAGAAAGGGGACGAAGGGAUUUACACGUGCGUGGCCGUGGCACCGAGCGGGGCGAGUUUUCGGAGGGACCUCCAUCUCCUGGUCCAAGUGCCGCCGAAGGUGAGCCUGUCGGGGUUCUCCGAGGGACUUCGAGAGGGGGACCGGGUGGUGCUGUCGUGUUCGGUGACCCAGGGCGACCUCCCGACCUCGUUGACCUGGUUCAAAGACGACCGGACCUUGGAUUCCCCGAGGGUCGAUGGAUUCUCCAUCGGCCUCUCCGUCGGGAAUCUGAGUCUCGAGGACGAAGGGAAUUACACGUGCGUCGCCGAGAACCCGGCGGGGUCGAGUUCUGCUUCCCACGACCUUCGUCUCCUGGUGCCUCCUCGGUGGGUGGAUGUGGAGACGGAGGCCGUGAGGGUGGUCCGAGGCGGGAACGUCUCGCUUCGGUGUUCUGCCGAGGGUUUCCCAGCUCCGAAUCUCACCUGGUUUCCUCCUCUCAACUCUUCUCGAACCGAGCCCAUCCUCCUGGAAGAUUCGUCGGAACUCUUUCUGGACGAAGUGACGGAGACAGACGAGGGUUAUUAUGUGUGCCAGGCCGACAACGGGAUCGGGUCGCCCAUCAAAGAAUACGUUCGCGUGGACGUCCUCGUUCCACCCGAGAUGCAAGAGAGACCGAUGGAUGAAAUUGAAGUAUCCGAAGGAGACGCGCUGGAGUUGACCUGCUCGGCAUCGGGCGAACAGCCGAUGAAUCCCAUCUGGAGCGUCCGGGGUGAAAGAAUCCCGAGAGACUCGCCGAGGUUCAACGUCUCGUCGGAGUACGAGGGCGAGGGAGAGGCGGGAUCGCUCCGAACCAGGCUGGCGGUGCAGGGAAUCCGACCGGAGGACGAGGGGUCUUAUUCUUGUCUCCUGGCCAAUUCCGUGGGGGAUACCACGGCUACCACCCGCGUUCACGUCGUUCAGUUACCAAGAGCUCCGACGGGGUUGAGAGUGACCCAAGUGACGGGGAACUCGGCAACACUGACGUGGAACUCCACUUCGUCUCAUCUCCGCUUCGCACUUCAAUGGAAGGCUCCCGGCUUCCCCUGUAAGGCUCAAAUUCCUAUUCGCCUCCGUUGGGUCGUGAACCAGUUGAACGAAGCGACUGACGUCACAGGGGAGGACGGAGAGGCCGAACUGGAGGGUUCCGCGGGCACGGCGCGGGAUCUGAGGUCCGGCUCCGAGUAUUGGCUUCGCCUUCGCGUCACGAAUCGACUCAAUGCCUCGUCGGUGUAUUCGGAACCCGUGCAAGUCUUCACUGCACCCCCACCCCCUGAGGGCAUUCGGGGCUGGCCUCUCGACAACCAAUCCCUCCUUGUGUCAUGGACCGUUCCAGAGAAGCGUGGCAGUUUAUCCGGAUUUCGGAUCCGGUGGCGAAAAUCGGAAUCUCCCGGAGAAGAGAAUGGCGAUAAUUACGUGAAUGUUCCAUGGAACGAGAGCAAAGUGGCGAUUUCAGACCUCGAAGGCAACGAGGAAUAUUCCAUCUGGGUUCAAUCCAUGACUCCAUUGGGCGGUGGAGAGAAGAGCUCUCCGCCUCUCCGUCUGCUCACGGGGGAAUCCGAGCCUCCGGGGUCGCCUAGAGGAGUUGAGUGUGGGGUGAGGGAUUAUGGGGGAUUGCAAGUGUCCUGGGAGGCUUUGCAGGACCCGUUUACCGACUAUCACGUCUUGUUCCACAGAGAGGGGGAAGGAGAAGAGGAGGGAGAGGUGAGCACGAAGAACAGCUCUGUCUUCAUCGCUGACAUCCAAUGGUAUUCCACAUAUACCUUUCGGGUGAAAGCAGAGAAUUUCCACGGAUCCAGUUCCCCUUCGGAGCCCAUCUCCUGUUCCGUCACGCAGCUCGCCCCAAAGCUGGGAAGGAUCGAGGAGGUGAAGGCCGGGCCGGGGAGCGUCGGGAUCUAUUGGGAACCGAAAGCCAGAGACCUCGGUUGGGUCCAGGAAUUCCAAGUUCGGGUCUCCACCGCUUCCUCUUCAAACUCUUCUUCCUCUCUCCAGGAGAGAGAGGAAGUGGUGCCAGGCGACCGAAGAUGGGUGGUCUUCGAGGGACUGAAGCCGGGGAAUUCCUAUCACGUGAGAGUCCAGCCACUUCUUCCAACGGAUGACGCCCAGCCCCACCUCUUCUUCCUCCUCACCGAGGACGGGGAGGGGGAGGGAGAGGGGGAAGGUGGGGAGGGGGAUGCUUUCCCACCGGGGAUCCUCUCCUUUGGGGAACAGAGGGAAAUGGGGAUCGGCUCUACCGUUCGCUUUCCUUGUCCCGUUCAAGGAGUUCCAACUCCCACUCGCAGCUGGACUCUUGAUGGGAAGGAGUUGAUGAUCGGUGGAAGUCGGAAGAAAGAGGUUCUGGUCGAUGGCUCCCUGAUCGUCUAUCGGGUCUUCCCGUCCGAUUCGGGACUCUAUUCGUGCACUGCCACCAAUCGGCUGGGACAGGACUCCGUCUCUUUCCAACUCGUCGUCCGAAGCCGAGAACCGGACAUAAUGCUUCACCUGAACGACAUCGGCUACACGGAUGCCUCUUUUGUCUGGGACUGGGAUGUUCCGCACCCCUCCAUGCUUUCCGGUUACCAUUUGAGGGCGAAGGGGGAGGGAAAAGGAUGGUGGACGGAGAGCUUCCCCCGAGAGACCUUAAAGGGCAAACUCGAAGGCCUCGGUUGUGGCGGGUCCUACGUCGCUUAUUUGACCCCGUUUUGGGGUCCCCAUCGUCGCCUCGGUCGGCCUUCCAAUGAGAUUUAUUUCCGGACCCGAGGCACAAAACCGCUGGCCCCUGGGUACCUGCAAGUGAUCAAAUACGAUCCCAGUUCACCUUCCACGGUGAUCCUGAACCUGGCCUCAUGGACUGAGGUCAACUCGGGUCAACUGCUCACCCCCUGCCCCAUUCUGACCCUCUCGGUCCAAUACCGACCGACCCAGGACCCGAAAACGGGGAGGGGAGACGAAAACGCCCCCUGGAAUCUGCUGGUGAACGCCUCCUUCCCGAAGGGACUGGCGAGGAUCUGCGACGUUCAAAAGGGGGUUUGGUACGUCAUCAGGAUGACGGCCGUCAACGAGGCUGGGACUACGGUUGCCAACUAUGAAUUCUUCGCCGAUGCAAACUUCACUGCCGUUCAUGAGCGAUGUUUUUUGCCUGGGAUCCCUCAAGAGAUCCAGUCUCGCAUGCAAGGCUGGCGCUAUGAAGAAGCCAGGCCUUCCUCUAGUCAAACUGAAUCUGAUCUCAAGAGAAAAGAAGACAUAGAAGAAAGGCCCGAUUCCUCAUCUGAACAUAAAUUCGAUGAGACCUCCUUUUGCAAUGGAAUCCAAGUCGAAGAAGGACCCCAUUCCUUGCCGACUGCUCCCAACCAGGCAAGAGAUGAGACAUCUCUUUGGAAGAGAGAAGGCGGAGAUGAGGAGCAGGAUAUUCCCAAGACGUGGGGAACUGACCUCGAGCCUUCCAGCUGGGAGAAUUCAUCUUCAUUUCCCUCUUCAUCAGUGAGUUCCUUCUCUCAUUUGAUGACAGAAAUGUGA